UGUGCUUGUUCCUCUUUACCUUAUCUUCUUUUUUCACGGUAUUAUCAAACAAUUAAAUCGAAUAAGCCAAAUAAACAAAAAUGGAGGGACCCAUUGUUUAUUAUAACCGAGCAGAGUAUAUUGAAACAGACACUGGAAAUAAAGUGAGCCGAAAAUCUGUAAUUUGUGGAAGCCAGAAUAUUAUCCUUGGUGGAAAAACGAUCAUUCAAACAGAUUGUGUCAUCCGAGGUGAUCUUCGUAGAACGGGAGGAGGACAUGCUGUCGUCAUUGCCAUAGGAAGAUAUUGUUUAUUGUCACAGCGCUCUAUUAUUAGACCACCUUUCAAAACGUACAAAGGGAUUUUCAGCUAUUACCCGAUGAAAAUAGGGGAUCAUGUGAAAAUUGGAGAAGGAAGUAUCGUGGAAGCAGCAACGAUUGGAUCCUAUGUGAACAUAGGCAAAAAUUGUAUAAUUGGACGAUUUGCAAUUAUCAAAGAUUGCUGCUGUAUAACAGAUAACACAAUUAUACCACCCAAUACAGUAGUACCGUCCUUUAGUGUGUAUUCUGGCUCACCUGGAAAAUGUCAGGACGAAUUGCCGGAAUGUACACAAGAACUGUAUGAGAAUAUGACCAAAGAUUACUAUACCAAAUUUAUGCCUCAAGAUUAAGACUCGUACUAUAAAUGAUGUCUUCUCUAUAGACAUAGUAGAAAUAUCGGCCUUUUUUUAAUGAAGAUAGAAGCGUUACUGCUGGUUCAUUUCAAUUUGAGCUGGUUCUACUUUUUUUCUGAGUGCUAAACAUGACACCUUAACAAACAUAACUCUAUGAAUCGCCCGAGCUUACGCUCAAUAAACUUUUCUACGCUUAGUUCGCCUCCCACUUCUAUUAUAUCACCAAUAAGAAAUGCAUCCAAAAGGAAGCUGCCUUGAUUUGAAA